AUGGCCAACGACGAACCCGAGAAAGGCGAUAAAGUCUCCUGGAAUUGGGGCGGCGGUCAGGCUGGCGGCACAGUCGUGGAGACCAAAGACGAGGGCGAAAUCGCCAUCAAAUCCAAGCGCGGCAACACUAACCCCGCCGUUCAUAUCGGCCGCUCCGGCAAUGAUGUUGUAAAACGCGCCAGCGAGCUGAUGGUCGAUGAGAAGGGCUCGGGCUCGGGUUCGGGCUCUGGCGCGAAGACGAGCAAGAGUCCCGCGCCCAAGGAGAAUGGGGAUGGGAAGGGAGAGAAGAAACGCGAACUUGAGGAAGAUGGCGAUGGCGAUGGCGCGGACGACGCUGGAGAGGAAAAGGCUGCAGCAGAUAAGGAGGAGGAAGCAGAGGAAGAGAAGAAAGAAGAGGUGAAGAAGCCGGCAGCGAAGAAACAGAAGAAGGAACCUGCUGCCAGCAAAAAGAAGAAGGCGGCCUCGGCGGAGGAGAAACCCGCCCCAGCCGAAAAGGAGAAGGUAAAGAAGCAGGCCAAUGGUGCUGAUGAAGCCAAGAAAGGUCGAGGCCGACCCAAGGGAACUGGCACUGGCACUGGCGCUGGUGGUGCGGCGGGGAAGAAGAAGAAGAAUCCCAAGCCCAGGGCUACGGAGGGGAUUGGAUCGAGGACUAGGAGUCGUGCUUAG